UGUGUUUGAAAUACAAAGAAUUUAGGCGUGAAAUAGUGAGUCUCGCGUCGUAAAAUAACUACAAAUAAAAUACGAACCAGCUAAACCAUGGCGCUUAUGACAAUGAUCGCCCGUUUCGUUGAUGGUCUUCCUUUAGUAGGUACAAUGCAGGAAGACGAGCAGUCAGGAAGAAGUGUUUUAGAAUAUCAAAAUCAGGCCAAACUGCUCUUCAGGAAACUUGGCCCAAAUUCUCCAACGCGAUGCAGCAUAGAAACAGGCCCUUACUUGUUUCACUAUUUGAUCGAGCAUGAAGUUUGUUACUUAGUUAUGUGUGAAAAGAUGUUUUCUAAACGAAUUGCAUUUAGUUAUUUGGAAGACAUUGCUCAAGAGUUCCACAAUAAUUAUGGCCGUCGAGUAAACACAGUUACCAGGCCAUACGCUUUUAUUGAAUUUGAUAUUUAUAUCCAGAAAGCUAGAAAAUCCUUAACUGAUCGGCGAAGAAAUAUCAAUACAAUCAACAAUCAGUUACAAGACGUUCAGAGGAUUAUGGUUCAAAAUAUUGAUGACGUAUUACAACGGGGUACUGUAUUAUCAGAGCUCGAUACGAAAACGCAAAAUUUGUCAAUGCUUUCGCAAAAAUACAAAAAGGAUGCAUCAUAUUUAAAUCGGAAAUCAUUAUACGUGAAAGGCGCUGUUGCUGCAAUUGUAUUAGUUGUAUUUGUAUUAUACUUUUGGGUUAUUUAAUAUAUAUAAAAAUGACGACGAUUAUCGUUUGAAAAGAAAUGGUGAUAUAUGAAUAUUGUUCUUAAACAUUAGAAAUUAUUCUUUGUUUGGUUUAU